CUCUCUCUCUUUAGUUCGGUGUGAGUUUAGGGAAAAUGUCUGAGGCCAGUAUUUCAGUAGAUCAGCUUUCAGUGGAUGAGUUCAUCUGUCCAGUGUGUCUGGAUCUCCUGAAGGAUCCGGUGACUCUCCCCUGUGGUCACAGUUUCUGUAAGGUGUGUAUUAAUGACUGCUGGGAUCAGGAAGAUAAGAGUGGAGUUUAUAGCUGUCCUCAGUGCAGAGACACUUUCACUCCAAGGCCUGUUCUACGCAGAAACAACAUGCUGGCUGAAGUGGUGGAGAAACUGAAGAAGAAGACUGAAGUCCAAGCUGCUUCUCCUGCUCACUGUUACGCUGGACCUGGAGAUGUGGAGUGUGAUUUCUGCACUGGGAGAAAACACAAAGCCAUCAAGUCCUGUCUGAUGUGUCUGGCCUCCCUUUGCAAAAGUCAUUUAAAGCCUCAUCUUGAGAUUCCUGCCUUGAAAAAGCACAGUUUAGUUGAAGCUUCUGGAAAUCUAGAAGAGAAGAUCUGCUCUGAGCAUGAUAAAGUGCUGGAGAUCUACUGUCGUACUGACCGACGCUUCAUCUGUUAUCUGUGUGUGACGGAUGAACACAAAAGCCACGACACUGUCUCAGUUAGAGCUUACAAAACUGAAAAACAGAGUGAGUUAAAGGAGAAGCAGAUGAAAUCACACCAGAUGAUCCAGGAGAAGCAGAAGAAGGUGCAGGAGCUGAAACAGGCUGUGAACACUAUAAAGCUGAGUGCACAGACAGCAGUGGAGGACAGUGAGAGGAUCUUUACUGAGCUGAUCAGCUCCAUGGAGAAAAAGCGUUCGGAGGUGACGGAGCUGAUCAGAGCUCAGGAGAAGACUGAACUGAGUCGAGCUGAACGACUCCUGGAGCAACUGGAGCAGGAGAUUGCUGAUCUUCAGAGGAGACUCACUGAGCUGGAGCAGCUUUCACACACACACGAUCACAUCCAGUUCAUCCAGCGUCUCCAGUCUCUCAGUGUCUCUUCUGGACGUGAGGACUCACCCAGCAUCACUGUCAAUCAACAUCUUCCAUUUGAUGGAGUGAGGAAAUUUCUCUCUGAUCUGAAAAAGAGACACGAGGAAUUCUGCCAGGAGGAGUUCAUCAAAAUCCCUCAACAUGCUGCAGCAGUUCAGAUGAUUUCACCCUCAGAACCAAAGAGCAGAGAAGAUUUUCUACACUAUUUCUGUGAUCUGACUCUGGAUCCCAACACAGUAAAUUAUCACCUCAUUCUGUCUGAGAAGAACAGAGCGGUGACGUACAGUAAGAUACAGCAGACGUACUCUGAUCAUCCAGAGAGAUUUGACUCCUUUGAGCAGGUGUUGAGUAAGGAGAGUGUGUGUGGACGCUGUUACUGGGAGGUGGAGUGGAGCAGUAAGGGAUAUGUGUACAUUUCAGUCUCAUAUAAAGACAUCAGAAGGAAAGGACGGGGUAAUGAGUGUCUGUUUGGAGGCAACAAUCAGUCCUGGAGUCUGUGGUGUUCUUUUUCUUUUUCUUUUCUCUCUUUCUAUCACAGCAACAUUAGGACUUGUCUCAGAGUUCCAUCACCCUCCAGAAUAGGAGUGUAUGUGGAUCACAGUGCAGGAACUCUGUCCUUCUACAGCGUCUCUGACACGAUGAAGCUCCUCCACAGAGUCCACACCACAUUCACUCAGCCUCUGUACGCUGGAUUCUGGCUGCCUUUUAAUGGAUCAACUGCGAGAUUUUGUGAUGCAGAAUAAAAUGCUCCUGGUUUCUUCUUUUCAUAUGAAUCUUACUGAAAUAAAGGUUUAAUAUGAAAUGUUCACUAA